CCCAGGCCUAGCUCCAAGCCAAGGCGCACCAAGGAAAGGCGUCGCACCAAGGAAAGGCCUAGCUCCAAGCCAAGGCGCACCAAGGAAAGGCGUCGCACCAAGGAAAGGCCUAGCUCCAAGCCAAGGCGCACCAAGGAAAGGCGUCGCACCAAACCAAGGCGCACCAAACUUGGUAAUAGUGAAGGGAGCAAUUUUGGUGAAGGGAGCAACCUUAAUAAUCUUCGUGGGGAUAACAUUGGGAGCAACCCUAACGAUCUUGGUGAAGGGAGCAACUUUGAUGAUUUUCGUGAUAGGAAUAUUGGUAAAUGGAGCAACUUUGACGAUUUUCGUGACAGGAAUAUUGGUAAAUGGAGCAAUCUUGGUGAUUUUCCUGGUGAUGAUAGUAGUGGGUAUGACAUUAGUUUUCCUAAACUUGAGGAAGUUGAAUUUCUGGAAGUUUGUCCUGAUGAUUCUCUUGGUUUGGAUGGUCUUUCCACAAUUGGUGCAAGCGAUUUGAGUAGCAGCGUUGUUUUGGAAGCCGGUUCCGGGGAAAAAGCCAGCUUGGACACUGGUAACGGAAAGGGCGGAUAG